AUGACUGGGCAGAUCUCGCCGUACGCCACUACUUCAACUGGGGCAGAUCUUCGUCGUCCAAUAACUGAGGCCUACGCAGCUAUGGUUCUUGAACCUCGAUCACCUAAACUACCUCCAAUUCAGGGGUCAGUUCCAGUCGAGACAUCGGUUGCAGCCACCUUGGCGAACAGUGCUUUACUCCCACCAAUGGUCGACACGAGUGGAAUUGGUGGCUCUGGUGGUGUUGGUGCCGGAUAUCCUGGCUACGUGCCCGGUCAUAACGAAGGUUUUAUCUCGACACAGGUUAACUCGGGCACGUCCACUUUCCGUCGUCGACAAUCGGAAUACGCGAAACGUCAUCCGCCCGAUGCCAAUUCCGGACUGGGACACACAAGUCGCAUCAUGAAUUUCGCUUCGGCUACACCAGCGGUUGUGCGCCGUGGAAGUCAGGUAUGCCCUGAUGCAUCUGGCCGAAAUUUAAAUCGUCCGACGAAUCCUCCACGCCGCUCAAGCAGUGUCAGUCGCGAAUUCAAUCACGCACGUCAUUCCGUAAUGCCGGAACCGAUGGGUGGUCCAUUUUUUACAUCUGCACACCCUAAUGGAGGAGUAGAGCACCCGGGGAUUCAACGCGUAUCAAGUUCUAUAUUCACGCAUGCAGACCAAUCCGCAGUGAAUCACGCGAUGGUUACUAACGCGAAGGAAUGUUGGCCGACGGCGAGCGUACACGAUCCGCGACCAAAUUUGAUCCAGCUACCACCUGGGACCAUGAUAAAACCCUCAGUGGCAAUUUCUGCUACCGCUAUGGCCGGGAUACCUCCGGCGUAUUAUUCCGAAGCUCCAACCAGUCGUGGAAAGGGGAUGCCUCUUACUCCACCUCCGUUAGCCACGGUCGCAGCCCCGACACAUUCAAAAACUAAUCAGCUCAUGUUUGGAGUCAAAGUACUACCGAGUCAAAUUCCUGCACUUCCACACGACCAGGCAGUAUCCCAGUCCGCUAUGGCACAACACUACGGGACAAUCAACCGUCAGAUUGCACGCCAACGAUUUACCGCUGAAAACCCCGGUGGACAUUAUGCAUCUGCUUCCCGUCUUCACCGGACACCUGCUGAAGACGGAAGUACCAGUUUCAUCGAGUGA